UGUUAUUUAUUUUCGUUAAAUAUAACCGUUGGAUGUCCGUUAAUGUAAUCGGUCACAUAUGUGGCAUUUUCAAAAUGCUCCUAAUGCGCUUUAUUUAAAGAGUUUAUUUCCCCAGGCAAUCGUUUUUAUUUUGGUGGAUUGAUGUAACUGCACCGCAUGUUUUGAAAAAGGCCUUGCUGGUUUCUGACUGGAAAGUGGCCCUGUUUUCCAAGAGGUCAUUCAACGUUCAAAGGUUGUUAAAAAUAUUUUUAAGGAGUUCAGUUGAUAGGUCGAUUAGAUCAGUCUAACAACAGUAGAUAUCCACGGUCUUGGAGUUCUUUCUAAUUGUUAUUUGUCAAAGGUAGACAUCUAAGCUGUUUAUCUGUUUCUUGUACCGUAUAACGUCUAGACAAGCUCAUCUGGGAGAGAUUUGCUUAGUUAGACUUUGUUAUGUAAUGAACUGGAUUCUUUUGGGCAGAACUCCAUUACAUCUAACUCCCUUCCAAAGUCUCAUCCAGAGGAAGUGAGCAAGACUGAGAGAAGUGUCCUGUUUAGAAGAAGAGAAGUCCAAAUUCCUUCCAUGUGUGGAGACAGGACUCAGCUGGUAAUGAGACGUUCAUCAUUUUCCUGUCAUUCGGCCAUUAUUGACUUCCACAGAACAGCAUGUUCCCAAGGGACAAACGCCAUAAAAACUUCACAGAAAGCCGAGUCUUGGACAAGCAAAUGAAGAUGUUUAUGGAAGAGGGAGAAAGAGCUGUGUCAGUAAAACUGCCGUGUUAGCACAAAGAAUAGAAGUGGGAGGAAUGAAGAAGAAAAAAAAUCUGGUGUUUGAGUAUAAAACUCAGCAACAAGCAGCUGAAAGAAAGAAAACAGAAAGAGAGAGAGAAGAAGAAAAAAAAGGAAUCUUUCAGACAAGGUGAAAGGAGGAGGAAAAGUGACCGGCAGCUGCAGAGAGGGAGGAGGCUAAAACAAAACAGAGCUGUAUAGAGGUGAACGAUAGAGCGAGACUACUGAGUUGAAAGCGAUGUGAAAGGAGGAGAGAAGAUCGCUGUUGAGUGAACAUCAAGGGUUGUGUAUAUAUGCAGUAAAACAGAGAGCUGGCUGAAAAGAAGAAAGGGAUUUAUGAAGUGAAGUGAUUUGAAGUGGAGAUGAGUCUAACAGUGAUUCUGGCAGCUGUAGUGGGCUUCAGCGCUCUGUCUUCCUGUUACUCUGGAGAGAACACCACGAGACCGGCCAUCACAACAGCUCAUCUGUCUCAGGUGAGAGUGUUCAAUGAGGAGAUGGUUAGAGGGCGAGGGGACACUCCUGACAUCAUAGAACCUGAACCCACCACUGCAGUCUCUGAAAUGGAGAGCACUUACAACUACAUCCUGUCUAGACUGGCAGCGAUGGAUCAGGCUAUCCACAGGCUUAAUGUGGGACAUUACACGUUGGACAUUAAAGUUACACAACUGUUGGAAAGAAUGUCACGACUUGAGAAUAGAUUAGGCGACACUGAGGAUGCCAUUCAACAAGUCUCGUCCUACUGCAAGGACAAUCGCAAAGAGAUCGGACGCCUAGAGGGCUGCCAGAAAGGCCGUAAAAUGGGUUACAAAUGUUUCCUCGCAUACCGUGUGUAUGAGACCUACACCGAUGCAUCCAAGAAGUGUCAGGAGCGGGGAGGACGCAUGGCUAUGCCAAGAGAUCGCAAGGAGCAGGAAGCUCUGGCUGAAUAUGUGAAAUCAGUAUUCCACGGAAACUGGCCUGUUUGGCUUGGCAUCAAUGACGAGCGUUCUGAAGGCCUCUACCUAUUUGAGGACACAACCCGUGUCUCUUACUUCCAGUGGAGGAAGCACUUCCUGUCAAGCCAGCCAGAUGGUGGGAAGCGAGAGAACUGUGUAGCCAUGUCUUCAGAUGACGGAGACUGGUGGGACACCUACUGUGAAAGACGCAUGUAUUAUCUGUGCGAGUUUGAUGUUUGACCUUAAUGCUUUAUUAAAUGGCUUCUAAUUAAGUUGUUUUAAAUAUCAAGAGCAGCUAUUAACUGUUUCAAAAGCAGUUAUUGCACAGAUAAAAAUUAGAGCCAGUGAAUUUAACGAUCCCAUGAAACGGUUUGAUAAAUGCAAAUUUCUUUCCUGUUAAAAUUUUUCCUAUUGAAACAGGAAGUUGGAGCAGGACUCUAAAAAGUAUUAGCUCCUCUUCCAGAAUAAAAUUUUCUGAUGAUUUACUCACCCCCUUGUCAGCCAAGAUGUUAAUGUCUUCUUUCUUCAGUUGAAAAGAAAUUAAAGGAGUCAUCUUCGUUUGAACAUAAAUAUGUGUUAGAAGUGUGUGUACACAUCCAUGGUAUAAUGAUAAAAAUCUGUUUAAAAAAUUAUGUCUAUUUUAAGAUUCUUGUCAAAAUUAUCUAGAUGUACACAGGCCCCUCCCACAGGGCCGUCUUACCUCAGCCCCGCCCUCAGUGAGCUGUCAUCAUUAACUCCCGACAUCUAAGCCUCUGAAGACGCAGAGGAUUAACGUUAUUUUCUUAAAAGUGUAAGUGGUUUUCUGAAUCUUAGCAAAUUGUCUUUCCUAAUAAAGUUUAAAGUUUGCUCCAGGGGCAGCGUCAUCAGAGCUGAUUAGCAUUUAACGCAACAUGGACUAGAACUGCUUACUGAAAGCAGCUGAUUUUGAGUGUUUUUUUACAUUACCAUUGAGAAAUUUUAACCAACAUAAGUUAUAGACUUUUCAUUAAGAGAGUAAUGAAUGAAUAGUAAUGAGAAUAAUAGACCCUUUAAGGUUUUUGAGGAAAAACAUUGUAGCAAAUUGUAGCUUCAGUAUUUAUUUUGAAUGACAUGGCGGUGACUAAAUUACAAGGAAAUUUUUAUUCCAGAAGUGAACUAGUCCAUUAACUUCCUGUCCCCCUUAAAACCCAAAGCAAUUCCAUUUGUUGAGACAAAUGCGCUAUAUAUAUAUUUUACCCUGUAUUCAUGAAAAUGUUCAUACCUUUUGAAUUACGUAUUACAAAUACAUGUAUCGUGCUAUUUUACUGAAGCUGAACAACAGUCAAAUUAAAAAUGUAUUUUUCUUAGUAUUUUCAUUUAGCAAGCAAAUGAGCUUACUAGCUCAAGACAGCACAUUUGAACAGGCUUUGAGGAAGGGGGAUAGGAUUCUCCUCUGGAUUGUAUAUCGUAGAGUGUAGAGAAGAGAAAUACUGUAUAUUUUUAAAAGCGUAUAUCAGCUAAAAGUUAAAGUCAUACAACACCCUAUACUGUAGAUGGCUUCCAAGCUAAUAAAUGCCACAAAACUCCAAUAUUCAUGAGAUCUUAAAGCCUGAACAGGAAAUAUUAGUAAUAACAAAGGUUCGAAGAUCACGAACAACUGAAAACAUACUGAAAUAUAAUAAAUUAUUUAAUUUGACGUUUAAUGUUUGUAUUAUUCCAAGGGCGAUCUGCAUUCGUCCUGGUUCUGACAUUACAUUAAUGCUGAUUUAAAUUUGUUUUCUUUUCGUUCUUUAUUGUUCUAAAAUUCUUUAGAAUUACGGCUUGUUGGUUCAACCCUGGAUUUGUUUUCAAAGUUGUAUUUGUUUCACUUGGCAACUAUUAAAGCAGGUUUAAAGUGAAAUAAGGCUCUUGAGCAAUGCUGAAUGGUGAAUAAAAGUCCAGUCUCAUUCUGA